AUGGCACCAAAAUUCGAGGAUCUAAAGGUCGAAAUUGAUGGAUCAGUGGCCACCAUCACGUUCAUGCGACAUGACACAUACAAUUCUCUCAAAUACUCUACAUAUGCCGAAAUUUCGAAAGCUCUCCGAUACAUUGACAACCAAGACCAAGUCGUCUUCACCGUUGUUACUGGUGGAGAUUGUAAAUUCUUCUCUUCUGGACAAAAUCUCCAGAAUGCUAUUUCUCAGCCAGUGCCAGCUGAUCGUGAUGAAGCUCGUGCUGCUGCCACCAUCUCCUUAAAUGCAGGUCCCGCAUCAGCAGCCUACGCUCUAGUUGAACACAAGAAAGUCACCAUCGCAGCUCUCAACGGUCCAGUCAUUGGAUGGCCUGCCGCAUGGGUCGCCACAUUCGACAUUAUACUUGCUGCUGACAAUGCCUACGUGUACAUGCCUUUCAUGCGACUCGGAGCUUCUAUUGAAGCCGCUGGAUCAUUCUCGUGGCCAUACAGAGUUGGAUCCGGUCUAGCAGCCGACAUGGUGCUAACUGGACGUAAAGUUACCGCUCAAGAGCUACUUGCUGUUGGUGGUGUUCAAAGAGUGUACCCUGUUGCGUCUUUCGCUAAAGACGUGGCUGCAUUCAUGGCCGAAAUGAAGACAUUGAAUGCACGAUCACUUCUUGAAGCCAAGUUCUUGAUGAGAGAACCAGUUCGUAAUGCCAUGAGAGCGGCUGUCACUGCAGAAACUCACUACCAGAUUGAAAAGAGUGGUGGCCCAAGGGACAACUCUACCACGUCUGGGUUUGCCAUGCGUGCAAAAGAAAUUGCUGAUGCUAAAGCUGCUAAGGCUGCCAAAGCUGCCAAGUUAAAUGACUCGGAAGGUGAAGCAGCUCUUGCAUAUAAUAGAGAAGUCCUGAGACGAGAUGUCCCCAACGCCAAAGUUAAUACCGUAGCCCCAUUUGAUCUGGUUCCUUUGACAGUGCCCAACACAAACAUAGUUACAAACCACGCUGAUGUAGACGACACAGAAGCCGCUAUAGCUGCUGUUGCAAUGACACAACCUCAAAAGAUUGACAAGAGUAGCGAAUUCAGAGGAGUUGCAAAGAUGGGAGAAAAGUGGCUGGCUUAUGUUAGCCUUCCGUUGGGCAAGUACGAACUGGGUCUGAAUCUCGCUGCUGCUGCUCGAUUCCAUUCGUUUCAGCUGAACAUAUGGGAGGAAAAGUCCAGCUCAAGUUCUCUUGCCGCGUCCUGUAGACCGUGUAAAGCGUUAGAGCUGCGGGUUUGUGGCUCAGGGCCCUACUGCAUUAUAUAA